GAAGGAGAGAAAGAGAGAGAGAGAGAGAGAGAGAGAGAGAGAGAGAGAGAGAGAGAGAGAGAGAGAGAGAGAGAGAGAAGGAGAGAAAGAGUCGCGGAACCUUUGGGACUUCUCGGUUUCUACUGAACCAUCUCACACCCUUCAGAGGUCAAUGCUUUGCUUUGGGCAUUCUGCUUGUCUUACCUCCGUCUCUUUCAGUUUCUCUGAACACUGUUGCUUUUUAAAACCUUUAGCCUUUUCCUCGUUGUCUGUGUCGAGAAACACAAAAGAACACAGACAGAAGUUAACACAACAACAACAACAACAACAACAACUAAACAGGAGUUUGUUUAAGCUGGAAUGAAUAUAUCUGAGUCUAGUUACUGUCGUGAGGCCAGUUCUCCACCAGGCCGGGACGGAGCCGGGGGGCAUCCAUGGGUCUCUUCCCCCAGCCCAGGCUCUGAUCGUGAGCUAGGACCCUUCGACCAGACCCCCCUUUAUGGAGGAUCUGGAGAUCGUGGCUCUGCUGGGGGCCGCACAGAGGCCAGGAUAGGGGCCGGAGCUGAACCAGGGACAGGGGCAGGAAGCCCUGACUCGACCCACCCAGAAGCACCUUCCCAGGGCAGCGUUGAGGGGAAAGCAGGGGGUGAGUCGAGGAUCCGUCGGCCAAUGAACGCCUUCAUGGUUUGGGCUAAAGACGAGAGGAAACGACUGGCCGUUCAGAACCCAGACCUCCACAAUGCUGUCCUCAGCAAGAUGUUGGGCCAGUCAUGGAAGGCUCUGACUACUCUGGACAAGCGUCCCUUCGUUGAGGAAGCCGAGAGACUCCGCCUCCAGCACCUGACGGACCACCCCAACUACAAGUACCGCCCCCGUCGCAAGAAACAGGCCAAAAAGCUGAAACGGGUGGAACCGGGGUUACUGCUCCACAGCCUAGCCCAGGGAGGGUCAGGGGUUCCUGGGGUAGGGGAGGGCUACGGACACCCUCUGAACGGUUAUGGACAUCCUCAUCCGCACCACCACCUUCUGCCUCCACUAGGCCACUUCAGGGACCUCCACACUGGGGACACACUGAGCUACGGACUGCCCACACCGGAGAUGUCCCCUCUGGAUGUGAUGGAGGAGGGGGGUGGGGACGGAGGGGUGUUCUUUCCCCCUCACAUGCAGGAGGACGUGGAGCUACAUGGAACCUGGAGUAACUACCCCCAUCACCACCACUAUAACAGCCAUCACCAUGACGCCCACAGCCAUCACCAUGACGCCCACAGCCAUCCUCACAGCCACAGUCAGGGGCAAAGUCAGGGUCAUAGUCAGGGUCAUGGUCAGGGUCAGGGUCAUAGUCAGGGUCAGGGUCAGGGGCAUAGUCAGGGGCAUAGUCAGGGUCAGGGUCAGGGUCAGGGUCAUAGUCAGGGUCAAAGUCAGGGUCAUAGUCAGGGUCAAAGUCAGGGUCAUAGUCAGGGUCAGGGGCAAAGUCAGGGUCAUAGUGGGGGUCAAAGUCAGAGUCAUAGUCAGGGUCAGGGGCAAAGGGGUCAUAAUCACCAUCUAAACCAGAGGGGCUCCCUGCUCUGUCGUCCUCCCCAGGAGAAAGGCCUCAACCAGGUGCCAGAGGCUACGAACUCUCCCAGUCCUUACUCUUACCCCCAGGGCUCCUCUAUAAGCCUGUCUGAGCCAGUCAAUCCCCUCCAGUCCACCAGCAGUUCCUCUGUGUCCUCUGGUUACUAUAGUUACCCGUACAAUAACGCUGGACCAGACACCCCCCAGGCCUCUCACCUGGGGCAGCUCUCUCCCCCUCCCGAGUCCUCCUCUUCCUCGCUGGUCCCCACCUCCAACCCUAAACCUCAGGCCCUGGACUCCGUAGAUCAGACUGGGUCCAACCACGUAGGCCUGACGUCAGUUGAGUUCUGGACAGAAGUGGACCGCAAUGAGUUCGACCAGUACCUCAGUGCUAACCGGACUCGUAUGGAGGGGUAUGGGAGUAACCUCAUUCCCGUUUCUAAAUCCAUGGAGGGGUAUGGUAGUGUCCCCGUGUCGAAAGCUCUGGAGGGGUAUACCAACGCACCCCUCUCUAAACCACUAGGGAGGAUCUGUGAGGAGAGCCAGAGUAGUCCUCUCAUCUCUGCUCUCGCCGAUGCUAGUAGUGCUGUCUACUACGGUACCUGUAUUACUGGGUAGACACCUUCCUGACUGCUGCUAGUCAUUGGCUGUGUGCCAGAGUCUAGUAUGGUCUUAGGGCAGCCUACAAGACCUGUUGGUCAAAUACAGUAUGUUAAACAUACUGUAAUACCGGAGUGGGACUUGGUGUAAUUUGCACUAUGGAAUAGGCCACAGAAGUGCAAACACUAAAUUAAGGCAAGUACACCUAAAACGAAAAUGUAAAAAUAAAAUACAUUUUUGAAAGCAUUGGAUUGGUGUACUUGACCCUGGUCUACAGUUUGACCUUUAAGGACUUUCAGGGUAGGAUUACUACAAUGCAUUAUGGUCUACAACAGACCACUGCAGACCACUACAGAACACUAAAGACUACUGAGCACUUCUUUUACUGUCCAGACAGGCAGAACAUUUAUAAUGAUAAACUUUUUCAUUUUUUUUGUUUAUUGCCAUUUAAAAAAAAAACACAAUUCCUAAUUUCAUGUUGUUGGUUUUAUUUGUGUAGAUUUUUAUUGAAUUAUUUUGAUGAAAAACUGUUUAAUUUGCACUGGGUCACAAACAUACGUAUAGGAAGACCACCAUGUUCCAAAUCUUUCUAAUGCAAUAUAUAUUUUACAAAAUGAAAGACUAGGAUUAUUGUUUCUGUACAAUGUGAAUUUAUGAGGUCUGCAAUGUUAGGACACUAGGAGACUUUGUUUUUAAAUUUUUGUUUGUUUUUAAAGGUUUUAAUUGUAAUUAUUUACAUCAAAACACUUGUUUAUAUUUUAAUUUCUGUCACCACACAUAAAAACAGGGGAAUCUGGGAUUUAGGAUAUCCAUUUUAGGACAUUUACAUGAAUAAUGUAUAGCCGGUUGACCACUUUCUCGUUGUUUGAAUCCCAGAAUACCUCUUUAAUUAAGAACCACGUUGAUAAAAAGGUAAAAACUACAUUUGGUUAAAAGAAAACGUUUUUUUUUUUAAAGUUAGGAAUAAAACAAACACAACAGUUGCUCUGCACUUAAAUCAAGCAGGCAAAACAAAAGCAUUAUUUCAUGCAGUAUUUCAUGCAGUAUUUCAUGCAGUAUUUCAUGCAGUAUUUCAUGCAGUAUUUCAUGCAGUAUUUCAUGUAGUAUUUCAUGUAGUAUUUCAUGCAGUAUUUCAUGCAGUAUUUCAUGUAGUAUUUCAUGUAGUAUUUCAUGCAGUAUUUCAUGCAGUAUUUCAUGCAGUAUUUCAUGCAGUAUUUCAUGCAGUAUUUCAUGCAGUAUUUCAUGCAGUAUUUCAUGCAGUAUUUCAUGUAGUAUUUCAUGCAGUAUUUCAUGCAGUAUUUCAUGCAGUAUUUCAUGCAGUAUUUCAUGCAGUAUUUCAUGCAGUAUUUCAUGCAGUAUUUCAUGUAGUAUUUCAUGUAGUAUUUCAUGCAGUAUUUCAUGCAGUAUUUCAUGCAGUAUUUCAUGCAGUAUUUCAUGCAGUAUUUCAUGCAGUAUUUCAUGCAGUAUUUCAUUGCAACAUUGUUAAACUUUCGGUUAUUGUUUCUUUAUUUGAAGAGGGCUUUUUGUAAAUGAAUAUAUUGCGUUUUAAAUAAUUUUACAAAAAAUAAAUAAAGUUAUUUCUAACGA